AAAAAACGAGAGAAGAGGAACCGAGAAGAUCCAAGCUGAGCUUGUGACUAGAGGAAGUUGGGAGAGAGAAGAAAUCGAAAUCUAAAUAGUAAUUGAAAAUGGGAGUGAUGGAGAAACUGAAGAUGUUCGUUGUUCAAGAGCCCGUUGUUGCUGCUUCCUGCCUCAUCGCUGGCUUCGGCCUUUUCCUUCCUGCUGUUGUGAGGCCCAUGCUAGAUUCAUAUCAGGAAUCCAAGCAACCUCCUCCACCUGCUUUAAGCGAUGUAGUUGCUGGUAUGACGGGUAAAAAGUAAUGUAAUUCACACUCGAGCAAAUUAUUGGAGUUCCCUGCUUGAAUUUAUUUUCGUUCAUACUUUGAAAUGAAUAAGAGUACUGACUCUGGGAUUUUGGUUCCAUUUAUGACUGUCAUCUGUUGGUUUUUCUCAUCUCAUGUUAAUUAGGCCAAAUGUUGGGUUAAUCAGUUUUUCUUCCUAUUUAAUUUUGCCUCCCUUUACAAGUGCGGAUUCUGAAAAUGUUUCUACGGGUCAAAUGUAAAGGUUUUUUUUUUUUUUAGGCUAUGCAAGCUUGAACAUCUGAAUGUAGUUUUAUUAUCGAGUUGGCACUUUUAAAGAGGAAAAAGUGACACUUUAUUAGCAAUAAUACUACUAUAAAUGUAGUAUAUAUUAAGGGUGUAUUACGUCACA